AUGGACCAGCGCCUUGGCUCGUUCCUAUAUAAUAUAUUCGGCCCUCAAGUUCCGGCCCGUACUCUUGAAGUUUACGAGUACCAUUCUUUAGUCCAGGAGGGCAUGGUUUCAUGUCAGGACUUUUUUAUGAUGGUUUGGAUCCAGACUCUACGUAUAUCACAGAAUCUGGAGUUACAUAUGAUUCCUUUCAUAGGCUUGAAACCUAGGUCUCUGCCGACAGAUAUUCACUCCGAGCCCCCAAGCGUCCCGGCACGCAGAGUCUCAACAUCAACUCCCUGGUACAUGACCAAAGCUUCACUGAAAGGUCUCAUCAAGAUACUGUAUGUUGAGUCCCUAGGGCAAAUACGCUGGGAACUUGAUAUGAUUCAAGUGGUUCGGAGACCUAAGUACAUCGAAAGUGAUACUAUUGAUGGACGAGAUUAUAUUAAGAAUGUCUUGAGUAAUGACAUCGAAGAUUAUGAGGGUAAUUUGAUGACAAAUGUGUUGCUUACGCUGCGACAAUGGGGUGCUCUUUUUUGGUGGUUUAGCCAUAUUGGGGAUAUGAUCGAGCUACAUGGGGAGUAG